UGCCCAGCGACUUUCCCCUCUUUGAUGUCGGUGCCGGACCUGCGCGUUUGAGGAAGCACACAACUUCACAACUUGUUUUAGAAAAAAUAAAUAAAUAAAGGUCACGGUUCGCCACAUUCUUUUGGUACGUGGACUCGAGUAAGAAAACAGUUUAGCGCAGCAUGGACGAUUUAGACGCAUUGCUGGCAGACCUGGAGUCAUCCACUGCUAACAUCUCAAAGUGUCCAGUGUUUCUCCCAGAUGAGACGCCCUACUCUUUUCCCAGUAGUGGAAGCCGGCACCAGGAUGACACUUCCCCUCCUCCUGUGCCCCCUCCUCCAUCUUCAGAGGCUUUGAAUGGGACUAUCCAAAAACAGGCUGACUCCCACCACUCCUCACAACAGUCUCUUGGCUCAGCACAAAAAAGUACAUUGUCUCAAGACUGCAGUAGUCCCCCACUACCUCAUACAGAAGAGGACCACGUCUACAGUUUCCCCAACAAACAGAAAACACCAUCAGACUCUUCUGCAGCAGCCAUGAGCUCUGCACUGGGCAGCAACUUGUCUGAGCUAGACCGUCUGUUACUGGAACUCAAUGCUGUUCAGCAGAACACUCCAUCCUGCACCAGCACAGAAGAUGCAGCUCCCCCAGUUCCUCCGUCCAGUUCUGCACACUAUAUCCAGGAAAAUGGAGCCUACUCAGGUAUUACCCCUGCUGUGACAGACAAAGCUCUUAGAAAUGGAAAUAAAGGGCCGGAAGAAGGGCGCCCCACUGUGGAGAGCCUACUGAAUGAACUGGAGAGCUCUAUACCUGCCCCAAUGCCUACUCCAUCUGGACUUCAAACAGAGGGGCACUUGGAUGUACCCUCUGAGCAACAGGGUCGAAUGUCAGCCACCUCUGCCACACGAGAGCUGGAUGAACUCAUGGCCUGCUUAUCUGAUUUCAAGGUGCAAAGCAAUCCAAGCUCUUUGGGCUCCCUAAACUCUGAGCCACUAUUUGAUCAGUCCAACAGCUGCUCUGCCAUUGCUGAAAUUCAUUCUCCUUCUGCCAUCGCAGACCCUACUAUAGGUUCCCCAGCACCAAGCCUUCCUUCUAAACCAAACUGCUAUUUUCCACUGCCCUCCCCUCCAGUCCCUGUAGAGUUACAUAUAGUGGAAGAUUCUAAUGAAACUGUUCUGCAGUCCAGUGGCCAAAAAUCUGCCCUUUCAGCCCUCCACUCUACCACUUCAACCCUUUCCAGUUCUCCAUUCUCUACUUCAAAUCCAUCUCCAGACCCAGGUAUCAGUGAUUCUGUCUCCAUGCUGAGCACUGAACUGGAGAAGCAUGUGGUUUUGUCCCAGAAAAUCAAUACUACUACUACUACUACCACCACUACCACAAAAGUGUCUACCACCAGCCCUGGCAAUCAACAGCAUAUACCUGCCAAUCCUGAGAGUCUGUUUUCCAGCAGUGAGACUAAAUCAACUCUAGUGUUUCCUGUGCCUAUUGCUAAAUCUGAAAGCACAGUGAGUCAACCUGAAAAUCUGAAGACCUCACAAAAAGAUAAUUUUUUAUCUAAUGUCUGUCUUGUGACCAGUCCAGAGCCUAAAACUGCUGCUGCAUCUCCCAUCUUUACAUUUUUAUCUGAAUCACCCAUCAUACAUUCCCUAUCAUCUACAAAACCUACUUCUCCCACACCUCCUGUCUCUUUUCUAUCAGUGCCCAAGACCUUAAGUGUUUCAGUAGUUCUGCCUGAGUCAGUUACUGUUACCACAAGACCACGUCCCCCUAUGAAGCCUGAGGCUCCAGCUCUGGAGCCUUCUCUUGAUGUUGCUUUGGAUAAUCUCCUCACAAUGAACUUCAGCAAGCCUGAGGCAGAGUCACAAAAUGUGGCUACAUCAGUUUGUAAGAUGAAUUCAGCAGAACACACAGAAGUGUUUGAGAGGCCAUAUGCUUCAGUGGACUGUAGGGUGGUUCAGCCAGACAUGCACACAGAGAGUGAGGAAGGUGAUGGCCUUCUCGAGGACCAGUCUGAGUGCCGGAGUGAACUUCUGGACUGGGCUGAUAUGGAGCUAAAGCUAUCAUAUGACAGAGCUGAUGGUUCCAUGACUCCCAUGACUGAGACUAGCUGGAUGGACGACUCCCUUACCCCUUCCUCCUGCCCUGGAACCCCAGAUGCCCAGAUGGACCUGCCCACAUUACAUCCUUUCAACACCAUGGAUAGGAUUUCAGCAUCUGGACAUAUCAAGUCUGUGAUCAGACGUACCAAGGAGACACCCAACGUCCAUCCCAUGUACCGGGAUGGCAUUAUUCGCAGGAAGAUGGGCCCAGUAAUUUUCCACAAAAGCAACUCUCAAGAUCGUCUUAUAGAAGAGCUUCAAGGCAAACUGGGAAUUGCUCGCAAGGAACGCCCCAAGAAACAACCAGAUGAUUGGCUGACGGAAGGGGUCAUUGUCAUGUCGAAUCCUAAACGCUUGCGAGACAACAACACCAGGGAGGUGGAUAAGAUUAUUAUUCCCCCUGAGUCUCCUAUUCCACAGAGAAAGGUGAUACCAGCUCCCCAGGCCAGCUCCCCAGCCCCCCGCCUCCCACCCCCAACCAUGGAACCAAAGCCCCGGCCUACAGUAAUAGCUGUACCAGUUCCACCUCCCCCUCUUCCCAACCAGUCUCCACCUAUUCCUCCCCCCUCUCAAAUUCCUAGGGAACCCACACCUCCACCCCAACUCCCUGUAGAAUGCAAACCUCUUCCAGUCCCAAUGAACCCUCCUACUCUUGGCCCAGUAGCACCUCCUUCACUCCUGGCAAAGCCUGCUGCAACACCACCUCAAACUCAGUCACUCCCACCUGCCUCUGUUGUCCAUCCCAAAAUGCUGGUGUCUGUGGGCUGUCAGACGGAGUAUGAUCUCUUCUUCCCUCCAAUGCAGAUCAUGGCUCAGGGAAAGGGUCCAAACACACAAGUCAAUAAACUAGACAACAUGCUGGGUAGCCUGCAGUCUGACUUACAUAAACUGGGUGUAAAGACUGUGGCCAAAGGAGUGUGUGGAGCAUGCUGUAAACCUAUUGUUGGCCAGGUAGUAACUGCCAUGGGCCGCACAUGGCACCCAGAGCAUUUUGUGUGCUCUCACUGCCAGGAAGAGAUUGGUUCUAGAAACUUCUUUGAGCGUGAUGGACAGCCAUAUUGUGAGAGGGACUACCAUCACCUCUUCUCUCCUCGCUGCUACUACUGCAAUGGUCCCAUUCUGGAUAAAGUAGUGACUGCUCUAGAUAGGACAUGGCAUCCAGAACACUUUUUCUGCGCUCAGUGUGGGGCCUUCUUCGGGCCUGAGGGUUUUCAUGAGAAAGAUGGGAAAGCAUACUGCCGUAAAGAUUACUUUGACCUAUUUGCCCCCAAGUGUGGUGGCUGUGCCCGUGCCAUCCUGGAAAAUUACAUAUCUGCCCUGAACAGCCUCUGGCACCCUGAGUGCUUUGUUUGUAGGGAGUGUUUUACCCCUUUUGUGAAUGGCAGUUUCUUUGAGCAUGAUGGGCAGCCAUACUGUGAGGUUCACUACCAUGAACGGCGUGGCUCUCUUUGCUCUGGCUGCCAGAAGCCCAUAACAGGCCGGUGCAUCACAGCCAUGGGAAAGAAAUUCCACCCUGAGCAUUUUGUCUGUGCCUUCUGCCUCAAGCAGCUCAACAAGGGCACCUUCAAGGAGCAGAACGACAAACCAUACUGCCAUGCUUGCUUCAUCAAACUCUUCAGUUAGACCGAAUCGACAUAGUGUGUGCUUUCCUUUCUGAGUGUGUCGGAUAUGCAGAAAAAAAUCUGAGGUGCAAAAGCCUUACAUAAUAGGUAAAGAAAGAGUUAAAAUGAUACAGAGGUUUGAAUUUGUUUUUUGGGAAUUGUGUGCACAUAUCUGCUCACUGGUUGAGUGUGAAAGAAUUAGUUUUAGGAAUGUUGCUUUGGAUCCAGUUUCAAUCAGUUGACCUGUGAAAUUCUUUUCACUAUGAAAUAAUGCUUUGUGGUGCCACAGUGGCAAAAUGUGAUCACUGUUUGUAAUAGCUGGAUGUGGGGUCAACAGGUGGGGUCAGCAACGUAUUUAGCAUUUGCAAGAAACAAUUUAUAUUACUGAGCUCAGUGCCUUGUUUUCUAUCAGAAAUUAUAAUACAUGAAUUAUACCAAAAAUAAUAUUUUAGCACCUCAUAUGCACAUUUCUUCAGAGACUAUGAUGAUCUUGGCAUGCCAACAAUUACCAGCCCAUAGCAAGUCAGCCAUGAUCACUUACAUUUAUAUUGAAUAUGAGUUGUGUGGUGAUGAGUAUUGUGGAUUUCAUAGUCACUCACCCCUGUAGAAAUAGAAUUAUUCUACUCUUUUUCAGAGAGAAGCCAAGGCUUUUCUUCAGGGGAGCAUACUGAACUAUUUAUCCUUGCAGUCAUAUUUUUGACAUCACUAAA